GUCGCUAAGCACCGGUGCCGCGACACAGCCUCAUAACCUUGAAAGCCUGUGAAGCGCUCAUAAACUCCACCGACAUACCCGGUUAUUUCCUUCUAUCCAGUAGCGCAAUCAUUUGCCAGGAUAGCACUAUCAGUUAAGAUAGCAGUUAACAACGUUCACAGCCAACGCCCCGAUCAACAACCACAUCAUGAUGGUUUCCUCGUGCCAGCAAUAGGAACGGAUGGCACAGUUUUAGCUGAAAAGCAGAGAAUGCUACAUAAGUUCCGUUCUCUGCGCCUGCAUUCGCUGUCACGGAUCUCCCGUUUCCUCAUUCUAGGGCGCUUUUUUUCUUUUGUCUUGUGUUAUUACUUUCUUCCUUUAAACUUCUAGGGUGCAGGCCAUCUUCCUCUAGGCCAUCAUCUAUAAACUAUUCCAGUCUCCACCAUGUCCUUCUGGAUCUCGUUCUCCAAUGUCCUUUAUUUUACUCGCAAUGCGAGAAAAACGCCACUCAUCCCAGAGGGUUUUGUCCUCGAGACACCCCCAGAGCACAACCCCACACCACUCCAAUUUAAGCCAGAGUCUCCAACAUUCCGCUCAACACUUCCCACUAUCCCCCAAUCACCAGCAACCUCGUCCGCAUCUCUCGUCCCAGAAACAUCUUUGGGGCCUGUCAUUCUGAUAGGAAAUGAUAGCACGGAAACCCUUGUCGACGUUGUCACACAACCCGUGUUUCCAAUUUCAAUUCUACAACUCCACCCACCUGCUAAGGAGGCUCAGCAAACGCGACGUAUCUCGUUCGCAGUUUGCGCCACACCCCCGCAUCCCGUGAGACCUGUCAACGUCAUUGACGUGGGUCAGGUCCCGUCCAAGCCCUCCGCAGCCACAGCGGAAACGCAUGAGCAAGCAGAGCAUUUCAGGGAGGACGUUCCUGAUACGGAAAAGAAAACAAAGAGGAAGAGCAUCGUGCGGAGUAUGUCCUUUCUUGGCCCGCGUACGUCGCGCACGAAGGCACGCCGCUUGUCGGUCCCUGUAUUUUCUUCGCUGGCGGAUGCCCUGAGUAAGCGGUUGUAGAUCGGCCAGUCCAGGGCGAGGGGAAGAGGGUUUGGGUAUCACGAUUGCCUAGGAAGUGGAUUCCGCGGAAACAGGAGAGGCGCUGGGCGUAGAGGGACAUCGGAUCACUCGGAGUGCAUUCCACACCGACGUUUGAGAUAUAGUUUGGCAUCACACAUGCGUUUGGUUAACUCAUAUCCUAUGAUAUCUCUAAUUUUUUGGCUCAACCUUAAUCAUUAAUCAUGUAUAUUCUGUGACAUGUAACCUCAUUUUCAAUUAGGGUAAUCCAUGUUCAAUUCAAGCAGCAUUGCAAACUACUUUGGUUCAUAUCAUGAUCUACCUAAUAGCUUUGGUAUAUACAACGUUCAAGCUAUUUCAAGAAUCAAGACACUGUACCUCUAUGAUAUGCCGUAGUUGUAGGUCUGGAACAAGGGAAAUAUGAUAC